AUGGCUGACGAUGGAAUGCUGAUGAACUUUGAGCUGGGCGGCGGGCCACUCAAGCCUCAGGUCAAAUUCAAGGGCGGAUCGUGGAGGGACAGGAAGCGAGCAGAGAAGAGCGCAAAGCUUGGCUCGCGCCCAGCAGCUGCGGCACGAGGCCCCGACGACGAACAGCGAUCGGCAAAACGACAAAAAAUUGACGGCUUUGGGUCAGGACGACGAGCAGAAGGCGAAUUGCCCCAUCGCUCGGACCUUGCGCGAAAGAAGACGGCAGAUCAUGGCGCUCCGGGACAGAAGAAACACGCAGGCCCUCCGGGGAAUCGUCAAGUCGUUUCCCGCCUGUUUUCGUUUAAUCCGGAGCAGAAGACAACAUUUGAAGAGGAGGAGGAAUGGAAGGAACCCGAGGCUACAAAUGCGCCGCUUCUGACUGUUGCGAAUUUCGGAUCGUUGACCAUCUCUUCUCGACUGGUAGAGACGCUUGCCAAGAUGAAUCUUGAGCGACCAACAGCGAUUCAACAAAAAGUAAUUCCGCACAUGCUAUCGAACAGCUCAGAUGCCUUUGUUCAGGCCGAGACAGGUUCAGGAAAGACAUUUUCAUAUCUGCUUCCGAUACUACAUCGGGUUCUUCUUCUUAGUGGGGGCGGCGAGAAGAUUCACAGAGACUCGGGUGUUUUUGCCAUCAUAGUCUCGCCGACCCGUGAACUUGCAAAACAAACACAUACUGUGCUGGAACAACUCAUCAGGCCGUUUCCAUGGCUCGUUUCUACUGCAAUUACCGGAGGAGAGUCCAAAAAGGCGGAAAAGGCCCGACUUCGAAAGGGCAUCAACUUCUUGGUUGCAACCCCAGGAAGAUUGGCGGAUCACAUUGAUAACACCAAAGCUCUCAAUUUGGGCACCGUGAGGUGGCUAAUUCUCGACGAAGGCGAUAGACUAAUGGAUUUGGGAUUCGAAGAGGAUCUGAAGAAAGCUAUAGAAGCACUUAAGCAAGUGGAAGUGUCGAAUACUCUCGCCUCUGGAAUAUCUCUCGAGCCGCUUCCAGACCGAAGGGUCACCGUCUUAUGUUCCGCGACAAUGAAGCUGAAUGUACAGAAGCUCGGCGAGAUGAGUCUUGCCGAUGCUACUUUCUUGGCUGUGGAAAAGGGUGCUGAGACGGUGGAUGAGCAGGCUGUCCACAAGGCCCCGGCGCAACUACAUCAGUCACACAUCAUUGUGCCUGCUAAGCUGAGAUUGGUUACGCUCAUGGCAUAUCUCAAGUCUGUGUUUUCUCGGCGUGGCCACACGAUGAAGGCCAUCAUUUUCAUGUCGUGUGCUCACACUGUCGACUUUCAUUACGAACUCUUGAAGAUUCCUGAAAACGCCGAAGCAUCCCAACCGCCAUCAAAAGACGCGCCAUCAAAAGACACGCCUUCAAAAGACACGCCUUCAAAAGACACUCCCUCAAAAAGCGCACAGUCAAAAGACUCGGAAAAUGUAUCAAAGACUGUUGCCAAGGCGGCCUACAUCACGUCUGCUGCAAGCCCUGAAGUUGUCUUACACAGGAUGCACGGAUCUCUAUCACAACCAGUUCGAACAGCAACCUUGAAAUCGUUCUCAGCGUGUAAAUCGCCUUCCCUCCUCAUCACCACUGACGUCUCGUCGCGUGGUCUUGAUAUCCCUUCCGUCGAUUUGGUUAUUGAAUACGACCCUGCUUUCAGUUUUGACGAUCACAUUCACCGAAUUGGACGAACAGCACGAGCUGGGCGCUCUGGUGACGCAACGAUAUUCCUGCUUCCCGGCGCAGAAGAAGGCUACAUCGAGCUUCUCAAAGCCUCUGGAUCGCCCUCUUCACUGUCUUAUGAAUCUGUGCUCCAGAAAGGCCUGAUGACCAAGCUAGAAUUUCCGGUUGAAACGACUGCUAAGCCUCAAGAUGGGCAGACUUAUCAUGAUAAGGCUGAAACUUUACAACUUCACUUAGAACAACGCCUCCUCAUUGACAAUAAGCGACUUGAAAUGGCAAGAAAUGGUUUCAAGUCUCACAUCAGAGCCUAUGCGACACACACCAAAGAGGAGCGUGUUCAUUUCGACAUCACUCAGCUGCACCUGGGCCAUGUUGCAAAGGCUUUUGGAUUGCGAGACCCGCCCGGAGGCAUUGGCUCUGGUAUAGAGAGGAAGGCACAGAAAGGCAAGAAAGAACAUUGGAGAACAGUCAAGGGAGGCAAGAAGGACGAUGAUAGCGAUGAUGAUGGCGCUGCCAAGCUUGACCAGAAGCCAGCGAGAGAUGCGCUUAUGCGGAAGAGCAAGAUGCUCAUGUCUGGAGCAAGCGAGUUUAAUAUUGGAUAG